AUGGCCACAGUAAGUGAUGUAUGCAAAAAAAUUGAACAAGAUGUUGAAUCCAUGUUAAAAAAAUAUGACAGAGAUGGAGACAAAAGCUUAACUCUUGAUGAAAUUACUGAUUACUUAUGUCAAAAUAAAGUAAAGAACCCAGAAAGAACCGCUUAUAUGAUCUUUAAACGUUUAGAUACCAAUAAUGGCAAAUGCUCAAAAAUUAAAUCAAAAGAAUUAGAAGAUGCUAUUAAACGUGAAGUAGCUGAUAUUUUAAAAUUUUAUGACCAAAAUGAGGAUAAAAGAAUCACAUUUGAUGAAAUGGUUGAAAGUUUGAUUAAAUCUGGAGGUUUUGAAAGAGAAGCUGCUAAAAACACUGCCACUUUUUAUUUUGAUGAAAUUGAUACUGAUAAAGAUAAGGUUUUAACCAUUGCUGAACUUAAAAAAUAUUGCGGUUCCUUAGCAAAUCCACAACAAUAA